CCUUCUUUCGGCGGAGCUCUAUUCUCCACUGAAGACGUGUCAUUCGCCACCGCCGUCUUCUCAGCGAAGAACCAGCGGCGUAGCUAUCUGUUAUCCCGGUUCCUCGUUGCGUCUCCUUUGUUUUCCACCCACGCCAAUAUGAACCGGAAGAGGCCAGUCUGUGACCAACUCCUCCAGGAGCGUGCCAAGGCGACUUUCCAAACUCUGGAGCUGACGUACCUCCUCGAUGGAGAUGAGGAAAAGACCAAGCGUAGGAAGGAACUCGAAAAACUCUUCCACGACGAUCCACAAUUCCAAGAUGAGAUCCCGACUGUGUACUUGUCGCACGAGGAAGCGUACGAGAACGCUCUAUCAAAAACUCUGAAAAUCUACCAGAAAGCCUUGGACCUGUCCGACCCGAGAGAAAUCCUGACCGUCGCUGACGCCAUCCUGCACGAUGCCACCCCGGUUCACGUGCAUUUCGUCAUGUUCGUCCCCGCGCUCAUGGGCCACGCCAAUGAAGAACAGCAGGCCAAGUGGCUGCCCGAUGCAUUGACGAUGCGAAUUAUAGGAUCGUAUGCGCAAACAGAACUCGGGCACGGAACCUUCAUCAGAGGUUUAGAGACGACGGCUACUUACGACGAGACAACACAAGAAUUCGUUCUGGAAACGCCGAAAUUGUCUUCGAUCAAAUGGUGGCCUGGCAGUUUGGGCAAAACCGCCAAUCACGCCGUUGUGAUGGCCAAACUCUGGACAAAGGGCGAAUGCUACGGAAUCCAUCCCUUCAUGGUGCAACUCAGAGAUCUGAACACUCAUCAACCCCUUCCCGGAAUCAAUGUCGGAGAGAUCGGACCCAAGAUGGGACUGCGGUCCGCAGACAACGGUUUCUUGAAACUGGACAAAGUACGGAUUCCUCGGGACAAUAUGCUCAUGAAAAACGCCCAAGUGACCCCUGACGGCACCUACAUCAAACCGAGGUCCGAUAAACUGAAUUACGGAACCAUGGUCUUCGUGAGGGUGCUCCUCCUUGACAUGUUGGCGUUCAACAUCUCGAGAGCCGUCACCAUCGCCACCCGCUACUCCGCGAUUCGUAGGCAAUCGGAGAUCGUUGCUGGGGCCGGCGAAACCCAGAUCCUCGACUAUCAGGCACAGCGGUACAAACUCUUCCCUCUGAUCGGUUUGUGUCACGUGCUCCGCGGUAUGUUCACAAUUCUGAUGGAGAUGUACAAGCAGGCUAACACGGAUUUGGAGCGUGGUGUUCUCGACACCCUUCCGGAACUCCAUGCGAUUUCGUCCGGCCUGAAGGCGCUCUGCUCCGACCAGGCAUCGAAGGGAAUCGAGGUGUGCCGACUCGCUUGCGGAGGCCACGGAUUCAUGCUGAUUUCCGGCCUGCCUCGCCUGUACGCCACCACUGUGGCCGCGUGCACCUAUGAAGGCGAGAAUACCGUGUUGUACCUGCAGACAUCCCGCUUCCUGCUCAAGUGCCUCACGGGUCAGCACAAAUUGGGCCAGCACUCCCAACUCAAGUUCCUGCUGAACCCAGUGGCUUCGCCCGUGCAGCCCUUCAACAAACAGCUGUACGGACUCGAAGGCGCCUCGCAUCUCGUUCAGUAUUACGCCGCCGCGGCUCACAGGGAGCUGUACUUUGUCGAGGCCAAACUCAAGCGUCUCCAGGCGGAAGGUCUGACCAGUGAUAACGCCUGGAAUUCGAGUCAGGUCGAUCUUUGCCGAGCGUCCCAUGCUUGUAUCCAAUACUACCUCGCGAAGAACUACGUCGAGUGGGUCGCCCAGAACAAGAUUUCCCCCGAGUUGCGAACAGUUCUAGCUCAGAUUUGCCAGCUCUAUCUCCUCCAGGGGAUUUACGAGAAUCUCGGACGGUUCCUCCAGGUGGGCUUGAAAACCGAAGACAUCACAUCGAUGUCUGACCUGAUAACUCGUCUCCUCGACGAUAUCAGACCGAAUGCUGUGCCUCUCGUGGACUCGUUCGAUCUUCACGACAUGGUUCUGAGCUCGGCCUUGGGAGCCUACGAUGGACAAGUGUACGAACGCAUGUACGAGUGCGCUCUCCAAUCACCUCUCAACAAGAAGCAAGUCGUCGACGCCUACGGAAAGUAUUUGGAGCCCCUCUUCAAAAGUCAGCUGUAAGGAGUCUGACACGAGGAGGGAAUGGGCAAUCGACGGUGCGGUCCUCCCUAUUGAGAAAUAUCCACUGUCAGCUGCGAACCUUUAUAUCAGAUCGAGCUGUGAACUAGAACCUCGAGGUCUGCCUGCUCGAGCAGUCGCUAUCCCCUGUGUAGUAUUCCCACACCCCAACCUUUGGUAGGUAUGACUACGCGGACUUUUGUGACCCGCGUUACGAUUAUUCGGGACUCCGACGACUGAGCGGAUUUUGAACGAGCACUUGCCGAACAUAAUGACUUAAUAAAACUGUUCGAACGACCGUUUCUACGGAAAAUAA